AUGGGCCCCCGUACCGACUCCUCAUGCUGCUGCCAGGCCCGUAAUCUGUCAUGGGCCCCUGUACCGCCUCCUCAUGCUGCUGCCAGGCCCGUAAUCUGCCAUGGGCCCCCGUACCGACUCCUCAUGCUGCUGCCAGGCCCGUAAUCUGUCAUGGGCCCCUGUACCGCCUCCUCAUGCUGCUGCCAGGUCCAGAGUGUGUCAUGGGUCCCUGUACGGCCUCCCAUUGCUGCUGUCUCCAUCGCCACACUCUGCCAUGUGCCACUUUCAGGUCUCCUCACACUGCUGGUGGGUUCCAUUUUGUCAUACGGGGGUGCUGGCAGAUUACGGGCCUCCCAUUGCUGCUGCCAGGCCCGUAAUCUGCCAUGGGCCCCCGUACCGACUCCUCAUGCUGCUGCCA